GGCCGUAGAAGCCACUUCCAAAGCUCCCGGAAGAGACGUGGCGCGCUGUGGCUUAUUUGCGUUGUUGAGAUAUGUGAUUGGAUGUGCACCGAAAGGCUAGCGGAUGGUGUUCACUAGCCGGGAGAGGAUGCGUAGGAGAGGCCGGCUUGCUUGUGAAGCCGCCCCGUUAUUAGUCGUCCUUUGCGGCGUGUUCAGGGCGGCCUUCGGUGGAAAGUCUCUUCCAGCUUUCAAUGAUGACAUUCCCUUUCGGCUUAGCUGGCCGGGGCCGGACUUUUCGCUGCCGACUACGGGAAUACCAUACAAAGAAGAUAACUACAUCAUCAUGACCACUGCAGAUAAAGAAACGUACAAGUGCCUGCUUCCAAUGAUGGCCACUGGUAAUGAGGAAGAGGACCGUGAAUAUAAAGGACCGACACCAGCUGAACUUCUGGAGCCUCUCUUCAAACAAACCAGUUGUUCAUACAGGAUAGAGUCAUACUGGACGUACGAGGUAUGCCAUGGAAAACACCUUCGGCAGUACCAUGAGGACAAAGAGGCAGGGCAGAAAAUAAACAUUCAAGAAUAUUAUCUUGGAAACAUGAUGAAGAAGGGCCCUUUAGAAGCAGGUGAAAAGCAUGAUGAAAGUGAGAAGACUGAAAAGACAAAAGAUAUUCCUACUAAAAACAUUGAAGGACAAAUGACGCCAUACUAUCCAGUGGAGAUGGGAAAUGGAACGCCUUGUAUCUUGAAACAGGACAAACCAAGGACAAGUACUGUCAUGUACAUAUGUCACCCUGAUGCCAAACAUGAGAUCCUGUCGUUGGCUGAAGUAACUACCUGUGAAUAUGAAGUUAUAAUUCUUACACCUCUUCUCUGCAGUCACCCUAAGUAUAGGUUUAGGACAUCACCCGUAAAUGACAUAUUUUGCCAAUCAAUGUCAGGAUCACCUUUAAGACCUCAGAGUCUUGAGCGGCUUGAGCAACAACAAGAAAUGAUUAAGACUCCAUUUAAAACCAACAAGGAGGAAGACAGACAAGCAAUGAGAGACAAGUUUUCCACAAUCCACAAGCCAGUUGCUGUUGGAGCUCAACAACAAGUGACUGUGGGAACUACACACAUAUCUAAACUGACUGAUGAGCAACUUAUCAAAGAGUUUCUGAGUGGAUCCUACUGCUUUCAUGGGGGUGUUGGAUGGUGGAAAUAUGAAUUUUGCUAUGGAAAGUAUGUCCAUCAGUAUCAUGAGGACAAAGACACUGGCAAGACAACAGUUGUGGUUGGCGUAUGGAAAGAAGAAGACCACUUGGCAUGGGCUAAGAAAAAUCCUGCCAGGCUCUACCUCCUACCUAAUGAUGGAACUCAAACAGUGAGAAUGGUGUCACAUUUCUACGGCGGUGGAGAUAUUUGUGAAUUAAACGAAAAACCAAGACAGGUUGUUGUAAAAUUAAAGUGCAAAGAGUCUGAAUCUCCGCAUGCAGUUACUGUAUAUAUGCUCGAGCCGCAAACUUGCCAAUACGUUCUUGGAGUGGAGUCACCAGUAAUUUGUAAAAUUUUGGAUACUGCAGAUGAAAAUGGACUGCUUUCAAUACCCAAUUGAUAGAGAGUGUAAAGUUCUGCCGGGACCUGUAAUUACAAAGGUUGAAUUUGUACAAACAAAUGUUGAUGCCCUUCUGUGUAUAUGUAUGUGUGUAUAUAUUGAGGUAAUACAUACAGUUUUAAAUAACUGAA